CCAUAAACCCUGAAAUACUUUCAUCCGUACAGAAGUGGCGUAUUUUACAAAUAGUGAGAUCAGUAGUUACAGGUGGGAUGCAAUAACCAGUGUGAGACAAAGAGAGAGACUGAGGUUAUCAUGGACUCGUGGAUCUUCCCAUCAUCCCCUCCGAACCUGUCGGACCACCUCAUGUAUGACAGCUUCAUGCAGGGGAAUGAGUCUGACCUCCACGGGAAUUACACAGACCACAGCUUCAACAGAAUCAGUACAGUGGUCAUCACCUGCAUGUACUUUCUGGUUUGCACUGUGGGGCUGUGUGGAAAUGCCCUCGUCAUCUACGUCAUCCUGCGCUACGCCAAAAUGAAGACAGUCACCAACAUCUACAUCCUCAACCUGGCGGUGGCUGACGUGCUGUUCAUGCUGGGCCUGCCAUUCAUUGCCAUCCAGUUGGCGCUGGUCCACUGGCCCUUUGGUCCCGUACUCUGCAGGGUGGUGAUGACCGUCGACUCUCUGAACCAGUUCACUUCCAUCUUCUGCCUGAUGGUCAUGAGCAUCGACCGCUACCUGGCUGUGGUGCAUCCAAUCAAGUCCACAAAGUGGCGCAAGCCUCGCAUGGCCAAGACUAUCAAUUUAGCAGUGUGGGGGGUGUCGCUGAUGGUUAACCUGCCCAUUGUUAUCUACAGCGGCAUCAUCACAAAACAUGACGGCUGUUUUUGCACCAUCGUGUGGCCUGAGCCUCAAGAAGCCUACUACACCGCGUUCAUGUUCUACACCUUCAUCCUGGGCUUCUUUCUGCCCCUCAUGGUUAUCUGCCUUUGCUACUUGUUCAUCAUCAUCAAAGUGAAGUCCUCAGGCAUCCGUGUGGGCUCCUCCAAGAGGAAGCGCUCGGAGAGGAAGGUGACUCGGAUGGUGUCCAUUGUGGUGGCAGUGUUUGUCUUCUGCUGGCUGCCUUUCUACAUCUUCAACGUCACCUCAGUAACAGGCACCAUCAGCACCACUCCCAUCCUGAGGAGCACUUUUGCUUUUGUGGUGGUACUAGGAUACGCUAACAGCUGCGCCAACCCCAUCCUCUAUGCUUUCUUGUCAGAGAACUUCAAGAAGAGCUUCCAGAAUGUUCUCUGUCUUAAGAAGGUGGGAGGGCUGGAUGAGGUUGAACGCAGCGAUAGCCGGCAGGAUAAAUCUCGCAUGAUGAAUGAUCCGACGGAGACCCAAAGUACUCUGCUGAAUGGCGACCUGCAAACCAGCAUCUGA